AUGGGUAGUUCGGGUAUUUCCGAGCUGGAGUUGACAUCCAACGGGCUUUUCCGUUUCCGGCAAUCUAUCUAUCAUGUGUUUGACGGAUGGGAUGUACUUUUGAGGGGUACUUUAACAUACUCGGUCACCGUGACACUUGGAUCCCAUAUAGAGGAGGAUCUCGCUGAUCAAUCUUGGUACUAUGGUAUCGUCUCAGAGCCAGGUUCCUCCGCGGCCGAGAUUUUGCAGGGUGGGGGUUUGCACCUGGGGGGUCCUCGCUUGUAA